UUGAUGUGAUGACGUCACGAGCACCUGCAAACAAGAUGGCUGACUGAGCUGUCAAACGGUGAUAUUGUGUACAUAUACCAAAGUGUCCUGGGUUCGUGGAUAUAACCAUGAGGAUUAAACGACAUUAACCCCCAUGUGCAGUCUGUCCAUGGCUGCUUCACCUGGGAGUGGAGGAGUGGUGUCAAUUACCUGUCCCACCUGUAGCGAGACCGUACUACAACCACCCGGGUCCAAGCGGACCAUCUGUCCACGCUGUGGGAAUUUUUACGAGCGGGCGUCGGCUGAGAGACCCCCAUCGUAUCACCGAUCCAGAGAGAAGAGGGGGAGGGGCAAGGGGGACCAGAAUGACAAAGGCAAGUCUGGUCCCCUCAAUGUCAUCACAAGUUUGUUUCGCUCCUCUCCUGACGAGAAACGUCGAGAUCGUGGAUCCACCUCAUCUGAGCAUGGAACGUCCAAAUCGACGGAGCUCCCUCGUAUCGAAGGAGGAGGUGGCCACCUGACAGGGCAACAGAACCAGAAUCGACCCACGUAUCUUUCAACGGGCGGAUCACGGACAUCACGCUCACCGAGAUCCAGCCCCAACCCUGACAGAUCCCCAAAGAGUCCUUCACCAAAUCCCUCCAAGGUCAACUAUCCCGUCCGUACAAAGACAGCUGAACAACUGAAGGAAGAUGUGUCGAUGUGUCGGAGUUCAGGCGACUGGCAUACAGUCCAGGACUUCUAUGCAACAUUGUUUGAGUCCUUCAUUGAGCUCAACGCAGCUUUCAAGAGAGAUCCAUCGAAGGAAUACAAGACAACUGAUGACCCUGGUCUCAAGUUUGAUCUUCUCACCAGUGUGUUCAGCACCCUCCUUACUCUGCCCCAAGACCUCCAGAAGGAAGUCCUCAAGGCCAUCAUCAACAGUCUUCUCAAGGACAAGAGGAGUAGGGAUCACAGAGUUUGGCCGAACACAAAGGAUGACCUGCGGGCGUAUCUUAUCCUGAUUCAUAAUCCCCAGUUCAGCAAUAUGACAACCUAUGUGAUAUUUGCACAUCUGCUGCGUCAGAUUGCGGCAUUGUCGGACCACGACCACCACUUUCUGGUGCACUGGCUCCGCAGAAUUCCAUCUGAUCAGUUCAAGUCGAUAGUUGGUCGUCUUCAUAACUUCAUUUCCUGUCGACUGUUUCCACCAAAGCCACAAGACUUACCUCCCCUGUCCAAAUGCACGUGGUGGAUACCAAGUGCAACAAAAGUCAUGGCUUUAUUCAACGCUGCCAACAACUUGUCGCUGCCCUCCAUUGUACCGUACACAGACUUCUACAACAGCUCUCUGGACCAUUUGGACCUGAUGGCAGAGUACUACGCCUGGCAGAACCCCAGCUCACACGCAGGGUGUUUGUACAUUAUGAGUAUGGCUCAGUACAUGAACACUAAGCUAAUCCCCGGGGGCGAGGACGAGGGGGUCCCCAGCGAACUGCGCCAUCUCAGGUUUUCAUUCUGCCAGUAUCCUUUCAUCUUGAGCAUCGCAGCAAAACGAACAAUCCUGCAGAAGGACUCAGAACAGCAGAUGAUCAUCAUGGCCAGGAAAAGUUUGGUGGCGAAAGUGCAGCGUCGACAGCUACCUGACAUUGGGAUGCUGUUUCUGAACUUGACGGUGCGAAGGUCUCACCUGGUGUCUGACUCUCUUAACGAGAUUGCCAGGAAGCAUCAUGACCUCAAGAAGAAGUUGAAGGUGACCUUUGCUGGGGAGCCAGGCCUAGACAUGGGCGGUCUGACCAAGGAGUGGUUCUUGCUGCUCAUCAGGCAGAUAUUCCAGCCGGAGUAUGGUAUGUUCAACUAUGACAAGAUGGCAGGUGUCUACUGGUUCAGUGCCAUGCCCUGUGAGAACUACCAGGAGUUCAACCUUGUAGGAGUUCUGAUGGGCCUGGCCGUGUACAACUCCAUCAAUCUGGACAUCCGCUUCCCACCCUGCUGCUACAAGAAACUACUCAGUCCUGCUGUUGUCCCCUUCUCUAAUCCUCGCGCCACAGUUGGCGUCAUCACGGUCACAUUAGAUGACCUCAUGCAUGUGAAACCAGAGGUGGCAAAAGGCUUGAAGGAUUUGAUGGAAUAUGAGGAGGAUGUGGAGGAAGAUUUCUGUCUUUCAUUUGAGGUUUCUAACAGUGAGUAUGGGUCGAUGAAAACAGUCCCGUUGAAGCCUAACGGAGACAACAUCCCAGUCACGAAGGAGAACAGGAAAGAGUAUGUUCAGCUCUAUGUGGAGUUCAUUCUCAACAAGUCAGUCUACCCGCAGUUCCAGGCAUUCUAUCAUGGGUUUCACAGCGUGUGUGCAUCAAAUGCGCUGAUUAUGCUGCGUCCGGAAGAGGUGGAAAUGUUGGUUUGUGGCAGCCCGACUAUCAACAUCAGUGACCUCAAGAAGGUGACAAUCUAUGAAGGCUACAGUCCUCAGGAUCAGACAAUUAGGUACUUCUGGGAAAUGGUGACUGGCAUGCCCAUGGAACUACAGAAGAAGCUGCUGCUGUUUGCCACAGGAAGUGACCGGAUACCCAUUGGUGGAACCCAGGAGAUGCAGUUCAAGAUCUCUAGGAUUUCUGGAACUGACCUACUGCCCAUGGCUCACACCUGUUUCAACCAGUUGGUGCUGCCUCCUUACAAGUCCCGGAAGGUUCUCAAACAGAAGCUGAUUGCUGCUAUUCAGAAUGCUGAAGGAUUUGGACUCGAAUGAUGUGACAGUUGUUUCCUGGAUGAUGACAACUGAGUGGUCACUUCAUUGUAUCUGUGGGGAACCACCCAAAGGACUGCUUGUUCUGGUAAAGUCAGGGAUGAAAACCUCACCCUAACAAUGACAGGCAGACUGGCUGGUGAAUUAACUCCUGUGAGAGACUUUGAUUUUUCCUCGGGUAUCUCAAUGUCUGUGAUAGUUCUGAAGAUAGUAUGGGUAAAUGGAUGUUUCACUAUAUUGACAUACAUAAUGCUCCUGAAGGGCAGCCAGACACUGAUCUUUGAUGUUUUCAUGAAUUUAUAGUCAUGUAUGCAACUUUUUGAAAGUCCAUUGCAGUAUACAACAUCUGUGAGAGCCCAUUAUUGCAACAUUACGAGAGUCCAUUAUAGCCUAUACAUCUCUUGGGAGAGUCCAUUAUAGCCUAUACAACUCUUGGGUGAGUCCAUUAUAGCCUAUACAACUCUUGGGACAGUCCAAUAUAUGGUUGGAAGAAUACAUUAUGAAGUAUACAGCACCUAUGAGAUUAUGCUACGAUGUAUACAACUAUUUGAAGUGUCUGCUAUUAUACACAUCUUAAUGGAUAGUAAUGGAUGCUACCAGACUAAAGAGAGUCCAGUUUGGUGUAUACUCCAUAUACACAUUUAGAGAUGUUACGGUUAGUGAGUAUACCAAGUGUCCGCACACUCAUAUUUACUGACCUUAGGUGAUAAACAAAACUCUGACUACUAGUACAGUCACUAGUGGAUGCGUAAAGGAUAGAAAACUGCCCUGGAACAGUUGCCUUGUAUAUAUCUAAAUCUUGUGCCAUAAAUCUUCAUUUUGGAAUUGGAAUUAAUUGGGUCUGAUUAAUGUCUGCAUUAAUGGCUGGCCAAUAGAAAUGUGUCUUGUCACCCCACUCUCAGAAUGUGAACUAGGGUAAGGUUAAAGACUUGGAUAUUGGUUUAUUCUUACUCCGUCCUCUGUUGGCCACAUCCUGUGUUGGGUCUGUGUGAUGUCAAAUUCUACCUGGGUAGGUCACUUUCUGUUUGGGGUCACAUAUUGUCUGCGAUGUCCAGGUGAGGGGCACAUUCUAACUGUUUGGGGUCACAUUCUGUCUGUUUCAGUGACAUUUUGUCUGUGAGGUGACAUUUUGUUUGUUUGGGUCAUGUGUCUGAGUUGGGUCACAUUGUG